AAGGACAGUGGUAUUGCUAGUUUAAACAGAAAAAGAUGAAAUUAGAUACUUCACACAUGAGGUAUUUGACCUCAGAUGAUUUCAGAAUUCUUCAAGCAGUUGAACAAGGGUCUCGAAAUCAUGAGUUAGUUCCAACUCCAAUGAUCCACUCUAUAGGGGGACUCAGAUCUCCAUCGGGAACCAACAAGGCCAUUGGUGACUUGGCCAAGUUAAAAUUAGUUUCGCGUUUAAGAAAUGCUAAAUAUGAUGGUUUCAGACUUACAUAUAAUGGUAUUGACUACUUAGCUUUGAAAUCCAUGUUGAAUAGAGAUACCUUAUACUCGGUUGGAACUACCAUUGGUGUUGGUAAAGAAUCAGACAUUUACUCUGUUAGUGAUCCAAAAGGUGGCCAGAAAGUUUUAAAAAUACAUAGAUUAGGUAGAACUUCAUUUAGAACAGUGAAGAAUAAUCGUGAUUACUUGAAGAAUAGACAAACCUCUAACUGGAUGUACUUGUCUCGUUUAGCAGCCAAGAAGGAAUUUGAAUUUAUGGUUAUAUUGCAUCAGAACAAUUUUGCAGUUCCACAACCAUUUGAUUACUCUAGACACUGCUUACUUAUGGAAUGGAUAAAAGGUUUUCCAAUGAGGCAAUUAAAGAAACAUGAUAACCACAAGAGACUAUAUUCUGAUUUGAUGAAUUUUAUAGUUAAAUUGGCUAAUCAUGGGUUAAUUCACUGUGAUUUCAACGAAUUUAAUAUCAUCAUUCGUGAUAAAGAAGAAGCCAGAAAGCAUGAAUUUGACUUUGUUGUUAUCGAUUUCCCACAAUGUGUCUCCAUAGACCAUGUUGAUGCAAAAGCAUAUUUUGAUAGGGAUGUCGAAGGUAUCAGAAGUUUCUUUGAAAAAAAAUUCAGAUAUACACCUCAACAUGACCCAACUAUGUUCGAUACAGAAGGUUAUGGUGAAGGUUAUAAGUAUGCAUAUCCUAAUUUCAAAAGAGACGUGAAGAGAGAAAAGGAUUUAGACGUCGAAGUUCAGGCUUCUGGUUAUGCUAAAAAGAGUAAUCAGAAUAGAGAAGAUAAGGACCUUGAAGCUGCAGUUGAAGGAAUGAGAAGCGAGGAGGACUACGAAGAAGAUGAGGACGAAGAAGAGUUAGAGGACGAGUUAGAAGAUAAAUCUGAGGAUGAAUCUGAAGACAAUGAUAAAAUAGUACAAGCAUUAUCCGAAGGAAAACAAUUAAAAAUGGAUAAAUUGGGUAAUUACAUAUUAGAUGAUUAAUUUAUAUAGAGCAUAUAAUUUUACGAAUAUCGAGUAAUUUUUUG